AUGGCUGGCGAGAGCUUCCCGGCCCUCGUGGUCGGCACCCUAGUCGAGGCCUAUCUCUUGCAGCGCACCAUCUUUACAGAGGAGACCUUCCGCACAAUUGGCUUGGGGGCCCUGGGAUUCAACCUAUUCGUCUUGGCUAUUUGGAAUGUAGUGGUCUGGCCUUUCUUCUUGAACCCCUUACGGCAUCUCCCGACUAUUCCGGGACUGAUGAGCAAUUUGACUAUAAUCUUUGACUCACCACGAGGUCGCACCCCGCUACAUUGGAUGAAAACAGUCCCCAAUGAUGGUCUUAUCCAUAUGCGGGAUCUCAUCAGUCACAGUUACCUGGUAGCUACUAACCACCAGGCGUUGUUGGAUAUCAUGAGUACGAACACCUAUGACUUCGAAAAACCCAAGCGUAUGCGCAUCUUUCUGGCUCGCAUCCUCGGGUUCGGAAUGAUUCUGUCCGAGGGGGCUGCGCAUAAGAAGCAGCGCAAGGCGUUGACACCGGCUUUCAAUAUCAAGAAUAUCCGAUCCAUGUACUCACUUAUGUGGGACAAGACCAAUCAGAUGUUGGAGGAGAUGGAGAAAGAAAUCAAGCUGAACCCGAUGGAAGGAACCAAUCCAGCCGAAGAAAUCGGCAAGGUCGAAAUGGGUGUAUGGGGAAGUCGCUUUACUCUCGACAUCAUUGGUCCGGCCGCCAUGGGACGUGACUUUCGCUCGUUGCAGAACAGCGAUAACAGAGUUGCCGAAAGUUUCCUAAACAUCCUGGAGCCCACCCCCGAGAAGGUGGCAUUCCUGGCCAUGAAUUUCAUGUUGCCGCAGUCAAUCGCCCAGCGCAUUCCCUGGAAGAUGAACGAUCUGAUUACUAGUGAAACUAAUUUCCUACGGGAUCUAUGUAACGACAUUGUCCUCGAGAAGCGCCAGAGUUUGACUGAAUCCAAAGCCUCCGCCCAGGAUCUGGAGGCCGAUAUUCUAGGAACAAUGAUCCUGGGGGGAGAUUUUUCUGACAACGAACUAGUCGACCAGAUGUUGACUUUCUUAGCAGCGGGGCACGAAACAACAGCCGCUGCCCUAACGUGGGCCUGUUAUCUUUUGACCCUAUACCCAGAUGUCCAGGAGCGUCUGCGCGUUGAGAUUCGGGAGAAGAUUCCUUCGGCCAGCAGCCCCAUCACAUAUAGCGACCUGGAGUCGCUGCCGUUGCUCAACGGUGUGUGCCAAGAGGUGCUGCGUCUCUACCCAACAGUGCCCGCAACAAUCCGUGAAGCCAUUCGCGACACCAUGGUCGCAGGCAAGCAUGUCCCCAAGGGAACUAGAAUCAUCCUAUGCCCUUACGCAAUCAACCGUUGCCCCUUGUUUUGGGGCGAGAACGGUGAGGAAUUCCUACCGGAGCGUUGGAUCGAUACAGACAAGAAUGGCAAUCUCGUGCCCAACAACAAUGGUGGUGCAUCGACGAAUUUUGCCCAGAUUACUUUCCUUCAUGGGCAACGGUCCUGCAUUGGGAAAGACUUUGCACGAGCUGAACUGCGGUGCGGAGUUGCCGGUUUGGUGGGUCGCUUUGCAUUUGAGAUGCAGGACCCGAAGCAAGAAAUCCAUAUAGCAGGUGCAGUGACCACAAAGCCUGUUGAAGGUAUGCAUCUAAAGAUGCAACGAGUAAGUGGAUGGUAG